CGCCCCGUGCUCGCGCAUCUCCAGCUACCGCGCGACACAACCACCGGCCCCACAGCGCCGGGGGGCUGAGCCUGCGCCGCACUGCUGGUCACGUGACCGAGACUAGGCGGUUCACCAACCCCGCGGCCCCAGCCCCCUCUGGAGGACACGUGUUACGCGCACGUAACGAGCGCGUUCCCGCACCUCGCGUCAGUAGCUCGUUCAAACUGGGAGCGCUGAAAACUUGCGAAUUGGUGCUGCAGAACUGCUGGCUGCCACUAGGGGCCACUGGACCCAGCAGAGACCAACUCUCCAGUUCGUAAAUACAGGACACUGCCAAAGGGGAGUGAGAGGGGGAGCUGGAGCGUUCUGGGCAGCUGCAGUUCCCAGCACAUCCUGAAGGAAGGAGGAGGCAUGCAGCAAACUCCAUACAAGCCCAGGACCCAGCAUCAGACUUUUUCUCUCUUGAUCCCUGGGCUCUGAAGGAAUUCCUCCGGGAGUAUCAGCAUUUCCAGUGAAGCCUGGUUGAGAUCACACUUUCAUGAAGAAAUUUUGCUGUCCAUUUACUUCCUGGAUUAUGGCACAGGCUCAAGGCAUGGGGAGGAGAUACAUUAAAGCCUUUUUUAAAGGCUUCUUUGUUGCUGUUCCUGUGACAGUGACUUUUCUAGAUAGAGUGGCCUGUGUAGCAAGAGUGGAAGGAGCAUCAAUGCAGCCUUCCUUGAAUCCAGGAGAAAGACAGGUAUCUGAUGUAGUGCUUUUAAACCAUUGGAGUAUUAGGAAUUAUGAAGUGCAACGUGGAGACAUUGUGUCAUUAGUGUCUCCUAAAAACCCUGAACAGAAGAUCAUUAAACGAGUGAUUGCUCUUGAAGGAGACAUUGUCAAAACCAUAGGGUACAAAAACAAGUAUGUGAAAAUUCCUCAUGGCCAUAUAUGGGUGGAAGGUGAUCACCAUGGGCACAGCUUUGACAGUAAUGCUUUUGGCCCGGUUUCUCUUGGGCUUUUACAUGCUCGUGCUACCCAUAUCCUGUGGCCUCCAAGGCACUGGCAGAAGUUACAACCUAUGCUGCCCCCAGAACGUAUACCACUUCGCAGUGAUCAAGAAUGACGUACAUGUACAUGAUGGAGAAAUGAAAUAUUGGUACUAGGAUUAACCGUCAAGAGGGGUUGAUGGUGUAACACAACGAAUAAGAACACCAAUUGUACUGUAACAGAUACUGCUGCAGCAGAAAUUCCCUUAUGUUAAGGUGUCACUUUAAAAUCACAUGGUGCAUUAUUUUGUCUUGGAGUAAUUAUUCUCUGAUUGUGGGGUAUUCCAAUGUUCAAUUUUCCAGAAACAGUAAAAUAUGAGCCAUUGUCUGUUCCAGUGCUCCUGUUGAUAAGACAUUAUAACAGUCUAUAAAAUGUUUUAACCUUUUGGUUUUGAUUUCUUUCUUUAACAGCUUGACAGAUCCUUGAAACUUAAUAUUUUGUUAAAAAUGUGAAGUCAAUCCAGUACUUCAUCAUUUGAGUUGUCUGAAUAUGUAGAAGCAUUUACUCAUAAUAUAUCAUUUUGAAUUGCACUAUAAUUGUUAAAAUUGAAAAAGCAGCAUUUCUAUAGAUGAAAAGCUAAUUGUACAAUUGUCCAAAAAAAAAUAAAAAUGCAUCUUUAAUCCA